UAAUCUAAUCAAGGCACCCUUUGCUUUUCCCCCUUAUCAGUGCCAAUAACCGAGAUCUAAUUUUUCCAACUUUUACUGCAGAUUUUUUCAUAACUUUCAGCUUUCUUCUCCUCCACAAGGAUGGCUACAAAAAGGCUGACAAUCAAACUCUUCGAUUGGGCAAAAUUGGCCGAAAGGGUGCCUGCGAAUGAUAAAGCCAUGUAUCUAGCAUUUAAAGGAAAAUCCGACGGCUACCUGAGAAGGAUGCUAAGCAACCCGGAGAAUCCACCCAAGUUGGACUGGGAAAUGUACAAGAAGCUUAUCCCUGUUCCUGGUAUGGUCGAUGCUUUCCAAAAACAAUACGAAAGCUUGCAGAUUCCGUAUCCGCAGGACACCGCCUCAUCCCAAAUUGACGCCCAGGAGCAGGAACUCAAAAAGGCUGUCGAGGAGUUCAAAUCUGGCUCGGAACAACGCAUACAAAAGUUCAGGGAGGAGAUAUCAUACAUGAACAGUCUCAUACCAUACGAGCAGAUGAGUAUGGAAGAAUUCCUGGAGGUAAAUCCUGGACAGCUCGACUUAGAAAACAACCCGACUUUCUGGCCCCACGACCCUGAUGAGAUAAAAGAAAUAGAGGAAGCAGAGAAAGAAAUGCAGGAAUCAUCUCAUUGAAUCCACUCAUGUUCCAUUUAGUCCUAUAGACUAAACAAUUUCUAAACUCAAACUGUAGGCAUAUUUAAUAAAAAUAAAUCUGUUAAUUGUUU